AUGACGUCUUCAAACACUUCUUCUCUGGGCGAUAUCAUUCAGGUUCAGCUCCCUGAACAUGAUGAUAUCAAAUGCUUUGGGAAGUCCUUGAUGAGCGGAGGAAUCAGGCCAUGCAAACGCCGACUCGGUGAAGAUAGACAACGUAAUGCGAGAAAUCUUCUCCGCCGGGAGGUCACCUACCAAGAACUCAGCGGCGGUCUAGUGAAAGGUCUCAUCAAGGAUCUUGCACAGCUGCUAGUCAGCCACAGGCACUCACUCGAUGCCCGAGGAGACCUUGAAAGGCAAUGGUUGGCCCUGCUAGAACAGCACCGGGAAGCACAAGAGGCAGCACAAGGUCCUGAGCAACUCCACGAGGUGGAGUCUUCUCAACCCUUGCCAACCCUUCCCGAACACGCCGAUUUCUCUGCAAGCACUGUCCAAGCCCCCAACCCCGAGAGUUCUCCCGUGGCCCCCACCCUUCCUGAGGUGCCCCUUCUCCCUGAAUCCAGGCGUUCAAUGACUCCGAGGAUCCAAGUCGCAAGACAAGAGACUCUGCCGCAGUCUCAAGUCCGGCUUCGAGUCCAAUCGAGGAGUGUUGAACCAAAUCAGCCCGUUUAUCACCCCACACCCUUUGCACGUCGCAUCCCCACGUACUCAGAUGAUUAUUCGGUCAGCCUGUCACCGAAUUGGAUACUCUCCUACGUAAUGAGUCUCGUCAUGCAGGCAGGACAAAACGUUCUCGCCAUGUUGCAUGUGCAAUUCGGUACUGUCUCCACGCGAGAUGCGGCCGGUCAAAUCACGAAGGAACCAGUCACGCACCUCAGGUUCCUGCUGGGUGUAAAUUUCUCGAUCGGCAGAUCUCAUCUCGUCUCGGGCGUAUAUGUUUUGCUAUUUGUUGCGCUGGCUCGAUUGGUAGUCUCCGUGUUUUGGCCAUUGUCGGGGUAUCUUGCGGGAAUAUAUGUUAUUCUUUUGGCGUCGGGAGUAUGCAAUCGCAGAAUGGCCAUUGAGGAGUAA